AUGCAGGCGGUAGGCGGAGCCUGCGAUUUGGAUGAUGACAUGCUGGAUGGGGACCUUGGGGACGGGAUGGGUGGUCGAGCUGCUCACAAGCCCGGCAGGAUGAAAAGUCAAAGCUUCAGCGGAGUGUCAGAGACACCUCUGAUUGGAGCAGACAGACUCAGGCGCAGCUUGCAGACCGGGGAGCCCACCUUAAUCCCUGGAUUGAAGACCAAAGAGACUCUACAGAAAGCCCGCUGGAAGCUGCAGCUCUCAGGUAAGACCCCACCAAAACAGGCUUUUAACUUACUAAUAAAGAGCCCAAUUUCUCAGGUCAGAACAGAGUCUUGUGUUGGUUUAAAAAAACAUUUAAAACCCACAUUCAUUGACUGCUAACCUGUAAGAUUACUGUUUGUGUCCAUGCAGGCUCUCUGAUGGAGCUGUCCAAAGAUGAGCUGAGAGACAGACUGCAGGAAGCCACUGAGGUACGACAGUAAAGACAAACUAUAGUUACUGUGUGACUAUAUGUCAGUCAGUCUGCAGGUGAUGGUUCUCCUCUGUUCUCAGGUGAUAGACGCUCUGUGCUGUGAGCUGGAGGUGUCCCAUCGAUACUUUGAAGGAAAAUAUAAAGCUCUGAAGAUCUUACAGGGGAAGGUAGAUGCACAUGGACAUGAACACACAAAGAAACGCAGAUGAAGUCAUUUUUAAUCCAUGAGUUCAACCUCACAGAUCACAGGAGCUAACGCUGCUGCCUCAGUUAGUUAGUUAGCUUGAGAAUUGGGAGUCUUUUGUUGUUAUAAAGGUAUAAUUAUUCCUGUGCAAUGUCUGUUAAAGCUACAGCUAAAUAUCUGAGCUGAAGUAUAGAUCCUUCUGGUCAAAUAUUGCUUUAUUAUAACUGGAAGCUGCUCAGUUCAGUUAUUGUUUACUUAAAAAAACAUUAUUUAUAACCCCAGUAUAAUAAGAAACUGGAUGCUGUUUGAAAUUUCAUUGGUGUGCAAAUCAUUUGAAGCACAACGACAUGUUUAAACAGACUAAUUUGAAUGUUUUAAGUGGAAAAUGUAUGCUCUUUUUUAAUUUGAUAAAGGUAACACAUUUAAAAAAAGUUGAAACGGGUUCAUGUUCACCAUUGUGUUGUAUCACCUCUUCUUACAAUUCUCUCUAAAUGUCUGGGAAUCAAGACGACCAGUAUCAGGGGUUUAGAAAGUGAAAUAUUUAUCACUGUCAGCCAAGUGCUAACCGUCCUCUAAAAACAGCAACAAAGGACUUGAACAGACAGCUUGGUUUGAAGUAGUCAUCUGGAAUAAAACAAAUGGACAUACUUCAGGCUCAAGUGUCUUUAGGAUCUUUAUGUUUCAUUUUGGCUUUCCUAUCUUGAUCAAAAGAAUAAUUAUGAGCAACUUUUCAUAGAUAGUCUGAAUCAACCAAGUGCAGAGCGCAGAAAAAGUCAAUGUGACGUGCAUGUAUUAACGGCCUCUUUUGAGUACAUCACUCAAAGAACUUAAACUUCCAUUUUUUACAGCGCAGUCAGAUGUGUGACUGGUGUGACAGCUGUUUUUGGUUAAAAAAAUCAUCGUCCUGUUUAACAAGAAGCUCUGUCUCUGUAUGUUUUCAUUCUUAGUGGAAACUCUAGGAAACUUUAUCCUGUUUGUCACUCAGACAACAGAAAAUGUCAAAUCAGGCCACAGAUCUGUCAUCAGACAAGUGUUUGCUACAUGACAGCUCUUACAAUCACCCCCAUAUUCACCAUCUAAGACAAAUCAGUCACUACCAGCUCAUGGAAAAUAAUGUAAGUCCAUAAUAUUUCCCGAUAGAAAUACUGACUAUGACUGCUGUUGUUAAUUCAGGCCAUUCUGGACAGAGCCACGUGUCAUACUCAGAGUGUCCUGCAGAAGAGCGAGGAGAAAGCCAAAGCUCUGGAGAAGGUGAGUGUCUGCUGCUCAAAUAAAGGCAAGGUCUGUUUGCUUUACUAUGACACUCAGCAGCAAGACACCAGCCUCUUCCUGCAAGACAAACGGAAACACGAUCUAAUGCCUCAAUAAACUCUGAAAGACGUGUUUCCAUGUUUACAUCCUGCCUGAACUCAGCUGCUGCAAGGAACGUCCCAUGUUUACAUCCUGACUGAUCUCAGCUGCUGUAAGGAACGUCCAAAUAAUAAAAACUAUCCAACGAUAUCUAACUAAAUUUAAAAAGUGUUAAAGGGUUGAGUUGAAGAGUUCAUAUAAAUAUCCUCUAUGAUGUAGCUCUGUAUCUGCAAUCCUUCUGUCGCUCACAGAGUUCUACACAGUCCACACUUUCCAAGAAUCCUCCCAGAGACUCAACAAAGCUGAGUUCUCUAAGCAAGAUAACAAAAAAGUCCUUGCAGCAAACAUAAUCGCCAACAUAUAAUAAUACUUUAUGAUGCAUAAGGUGUGGUGUCACCUCAUAGUUUGAUUGUAGACCGUACAGUUGUGACGGAAAAUACACUAAUACGUGCCACGUGUUGCUUUAAUGUCCUUCAGGAGGUGAACAGCCUGCAGUGGGAGCUCAGCUUCAACCAGGUCCAGAUGAGGAAGUGUCAGCAGUCCUGGGAGCACAAUUACAGCAGGUCAGAAGGCCUCCUUACACACUCUUUGUCCUGUUUUCAUUGAGCUCUACUUAGACUGGUUGUUAAUGUUUUUAGUUGUUUAAAUGCUAUUGUUGUUGUUGGGCUUGUUGCUAAUGUUUAACUUCUUUUGUUGCUGGUUUUUGUAUUUUUAUCUAUUUUUUUGUUUUUGUUGUUGGUCCAGUCUUUUUUUCAUUGUUAUUGUUUGACUGGCUGUUGUUGCUGUAAUUAUGAUUGUUUGAUUAUUUUUGUUUUUGACAGGGUUGUUUUUUUUUGUAUGGUUGUUGUUCGGCUGACCAUUGUUGCUGUAAUUGUUAGUUUUAUGUUGUUGUUGGGUUCUUUGUUGUUCUUCCUGUUGGGCUUGUUGCUGUGUUAGUUGUGGAUCUUGUUGAUGAACUGGUUGUUGUUAAUAUUUUGCUUGUUGUUGUAGUUUUUGCUAUUGUGUUGUUUAGCUGGUCCUUGUUGUUGUUUGGCUGGCUGUUGUUGCUGUAAUUGUUGAAUGGUUCUCUGUUGUUCUUCUUGUUGGGCUAGUUGCUGUGUUUGUUGUGGAUCUUGUUGAUGGACUGGUUGUUGUUGAUGUUUUUUUGCUAUUUUUUGCUAUUGUGAUGUUUAGCUGGUCCUUGUUGUUGUUGGGCUGGCUGUUUUGUUUGCUUUUUUUUUGGUUUUUUUAUUGUUCCUUCUUGGACUGGUUGUAUUUGUUGUUUUAUUGUGAUUAUUUUAUUGUUGUUGUAUUUGUUUUUAAAUUGUUGUUGUUGUCAUGCUGUUGAGUUGGUUGAUGUGUUUGUUUUAUUCUUGUCUUAUGGUUUAUUGAGCUGGUUGUGUUUGUUGUGUUCAGGGUUGUAAGUGAGAACCAGACUCUGACUGACACUCUGGAGGAGAGAGAGCAUGAGAUCCAGCAGCUGCGAGCAGAAAAUUCUGGUGAGUGUUAAAUCAGAUUGUGUUUGUGUGAUCCAGAUGUCUGAAUAUAUUAUCUCCGUCUGUGACAUGAAUUGGAUCUUGGUCUGCCUGGAUUUUACUAUCAGAGCUUUCUGACAUAUGUGGUCUUCAGUAGAAACUGGAUUUGACUAGAUAACAGUUUUGAUCACAAGACCUGAGUACGCAUGUGUAUUUCAGCUCUGAGUCGGCAGUGUUUGGAGCUCCUGUCCAUGUUGAACGUGAAGGAGCAGAGAGUUUAUCAGGAGACUAAACCCAUGUACAGCCCAGACAGAGACGCAGGUAUCCUGGAGGUGAGUAAGAAACAAAAGCCCUCACAGAGAGUACAAUGAAUAAUCCCAAUCCCAAUCCUAAUGCAAUGCAGUGCAGUUUAGAGAAAUGCAGGGUUUAAAGAAAGUGAAUUUGUUUGAUUAAUAUCAGCCUACGAGUAACACAGCAUCAUAGUACUCUGUAAUAAAUGAAAACUAGUAGAUUGUAGCUAAACUGAUGUAGCAGACUUAUUACUGAAGUAGCAGAUGUAGUUGCACUGAUGUAGCCUCUCUUCCUAUGUGUUUCAGCUGGCAGUGUUGGGAGCCUGCAGGUGUGCAGGUGUAGCUGAUGUCUGUCCGUGCAGUCGGGCUGCAGCUGCCAGCAGGAAGCAGCUUAUCCAACUGCAACAGGAGGUAAAAUAAUGUGCACCAUCACUCCAUCUUUUUCCUUUCACUUCUGAACAAAUAUUUUAUCUGCCAAGAGACUAAAAGUUCAGUCUGAAGUCCUUCCUCUUUAAAAAAUAUAAAUACAAUAAUAUAAAUACAUUUCUAAAUCUGUGUGUGUGUGCAUUCCAGCUGGAUGCUCAGCGCUCAAGGAGAGAGGAGGCCAUGAUGGUAGCUGAUGCAUUUCGAAUCGCCUUUUGAGCAGCAGUUGAGGAAACGCAGUGAGCACUUCCUGUUGCUUGCUGAAGCGAACAUCCUGAAAUCUCACCACAGCAAAUCUGAAGGUCAGUGUUACAUCUGGGGCUACAAUUCAUCAGGAGUCCUGCCAGGAGUCUGUGACAUACCUACAUCUGUACAGCCCCAGGAGAAUGGGUUGUAGAGAUUUACAUGAGAAGAUUUAAAAACAAGCACCCACAAGAAAUAGAAACACCUUUUUUUACAGACUUACCACACCAUGACAAAUAUGACUGUAGUGCUAGUCUGUACCCCACAGAGCUUUAUACAUUCCUUUAUUAUAAGUACCAGUAAAAAAUGUGUCUGUCUGGUCCCUCUAGGAGCUAACAAGAGUCCUCGGAUGAAAGUGAGUCAGAGGUUGAAAGGAUUACUGCCGUCAGGUUUGGAGGUGAAAAUGUCCGAUGAUUUGUUGGAGACUCUCUACAAACUGCUUGACCUGGUAAGGAUCACCCUGACAUUUACAGAUUAUAACAUAUAAAAAUACUCUCAAAGGUAAAAAGGACUCUUGAGCUUUUUCCUACAGAGCCUUAAUUGUUCACCUUAUAUUUUUAACAUUGUGUUUUCUGCUUGCAGCUGAAUGACAAAGAGGAGGCCCUGGCCCACCAGAGGAAGGUCAGUCUCAUGUUAGCCCACAAUGCUGAGGAGCUGCAGAGACAGCUGCAUCUAGAUUCACACUGCCAGCCUGCAGAAGCUCGGGACCUGUCAGAGUCCAAGAUCACAUCCAAGCCCAGAAGCCCAGUACAGCAACCUGCUUUGACUAACACAAGAUCCCUGUCACAUCACAAAAACCAUCAGUCUAAAACCCAACCAUUAGAUGUAUCAGACUCCACAAUCCUAUCAAAGCCAGCACCAGGACCAUUUGGUCAUGAGAAUCAGUCACGUACACCAGAGCCUAGGAACCAACAAGAAGUCCCACCAGUGUCCAAUAUCCUGGCACUGAAAAAUAGUUUAGAGCUGCCAGGGAAGCCAGAGCUCCAGCUUCAGCCAGGACAACCAUUAUGUUGUUCAGAGACCAGGUCAAAGCAGAACAGCGUCCAGUUAUUUCCCAACCACAAGAACCACAAGUUUGCAAUCCAACAGUCCAAUCUCUUAGAGUUUCGGGUACCAUCAAAGCAACCAAAAGAAGUGUUUGAGAACCAGAGCCAGACUGAUACACCAGAGCCUGAGACACAAGCCACAUCUAAGUCUAACAUCUUAGCACACAAAAAGAAUCUCCAAGACUCCCAGCUCCAGUCAGGACAACUACCAAGUGUGUCAGAGUGCAGGACUCAACCAGAGUGCCAUUCACUACAUGAAAUUAUUCAGCAAAUCUCCAACCACAAGGACCACAUGUCUGAUAUUCAGCUGUCUAAUCAGUUAGAAUCCAACAUGCCAUCAAGGCAACCACACGGACCAUUAGGGAAUCCAUCAGGGAAACCAGAGUCCGACAUCCAGCCACGGUAUAACCAAGAAAACCAUACAACCAAAACUCAAGGCUUGAACCAAUCAGAGCCCAUGAUCCUGUCAAAGCAGUCAGAAAGACCCUCAGGAAUCCAGAGCCAAAGUGUUCCACCUGAGUCCAAGACACGCAUCUCAUCAAAGUAUAUCAUCUGUGGACAGCAGCAAUUAGAGCUUCCAGUGUCCCAGCCUCAUCAAGAAAAACCAUGUCCAUUAGAGUCCAGGACUGAAAAACAGGAUUUGUCUGAUCCACCAAAGAUCAACAUCCAACCAGUCCUCAACCACAAGAAACUUGAUUUAGAAAACCACCCAGCAAGCCAAUCUGAGUUGAGGAUACCUUUAAGGCUGUCUUUAGGACAGCUAAAGAAGCCUGACAUUCUGGGCUCAGGUCUGUCAAUGUCAAAGAAACUAUUAAAACAAUCACAUGUACCAAUAAGAACCCAGAGGCAGUGCCAACAAACUUUGGACCAAUCAGAAUCCAAGACACAUCCUCAAAACACAACCAAAAGUCUUAAAAGAGUCCAACAUCCAACCACAACAACAAGUAGAGCUGCCAGAGUCCAAGCUUCAGCUAAGACAACCACCAAGUCUGUCAGAGUCCAGGACUGA